AUGCUCUCUCUUGCUCUCUUCUUCCUCAUCAGCUCGCUGUGCAAGGAUCUCCUGGAAAUGUCCAAUCUGAUUGACCUGGAGCGAAAAAUGGCGCUCUACCGAUGCAUGUUCGCCUGCAACGUUGCCCCAGACGGUGACCCCAACUACAUCAAGCAGGAGGCGCUCAAGAUCGAGCUGAUGGCCGGCGGCCUAACCUGGGAACAGCAAGGUUUUGUCCUGAACAGGAUACCGACAAACGACUAUCUGGAGGUGAGCACUUGCCGUGAUGCUCUCCAUGAAGUCCCAUGUCGACGGGACAGACAGGGCUCCGCAGGAGCAUCGUCGUAG